AUGAACUAUGAAAACUAUGAUCUUUGUUUCCCAGACCAGCCUGUGGUGGAUCUCUACCUCCCUAUAUGGGCCAACCUACCUGCAUUUCGGCACAAGCCGGCCUUCGUUUGGGCCGAAGACGGCCCCGUCCAUGUGUCCGGUUCGUCGGCCUUAACCUACGAGCAGCUCAACGCGUCAGUGCAGUCCACAUCCUCACAGUUAUUGCUUUCCUUGCAAAGGGGUGACACUGUUGUGAUAUUGUGUGCACCGGGCCUUGAGCUUGUGGAGAUCAUAUUUGCUUGUCAACGAGCCGGGCUUCUGGCGGUUCCCGUGGUCCCGCCGCACCCGUCGUUUGCCAGCGACAAUCAUCAUCACCUUGUCAGGGUUCUCUCGCAAGCUAAGCCUAAGGCCGCCUUAGCAGCUCGUAGUUAUGUAAACCGCGUUAGAAAGUACGUAGCCUCCAGCAAUAACAAACUGUCUGACCUUUUACAGACGCUUAGAUGGAUUGAGACGGAGGACCUAAAGGGGAAAAUGAAGGUGGGAGACGCGCAACGGAACUCAUUGCAAUACGAAGGAUGCAAAGCAAAUGAUGUGUACUUGAUUCAGUACACUUCAGGUGCAACCGGGAUUCCUAAGCCAGUCCUUGUGACUGCUGGUGCAGCAGCUCACAAUGUAAGAGUAGCUAGAAGAGCCUAUGAUCUCCAUCCAAACAGCGUCAUCGUUUCAUGGUUGCCUCAGUACCAUGAUUGUGGCCUUAUGUUUCUGCUACUAGCCAUUGUAUCGGGUGCAACAUGCGUGCUAACAUCCCCCAACGCUUUCAUAAAACGGCCUAGAUUGUGGCUCGAGUUGAUCACCGAGUACAACGCUACUUGUACUCCCGUUCCAUCCUUCACGCUGCCCCUCGUCGUUAAGCGUGGAGGCGUGGAUAAAGGGACCUCUUCUAUAAACCUAGGGAGCAUGAAGAACCUGAUCAUAAUCAAUGAGCCGAUCUACAAGGCUUCAGUAGCAGAAUUUGUUGAAGUUUUCAGGCCUUACGGGCUCAACCCCUCAAGCAUUUCUCCGUCAUAUGGCUUGGCCGAGAAUUGCACCUUUGUAUCCACAGCAUGGAGAAGUGAAAGUAAGGGAAAUUUUCCAGUCCACAAGAAUCUCUUGCCUAGUGCCAAGCUACCUUCUUCAAAGGAAGAAAUCAUGGAGGAGGAGAUUGAGAUUUUGGUUGUGAAUGAAGAAACUAAUGAGCCUGCUGAUGAUGGCGUUGAAGGAGAAAUAUGGAUAUCUUCUCCAAGCAACGCCUCCGGAUACCUCGGCCACCCUACGUUAACGCACGAAGUCUUCAACGCUAGGCUAAGAAACAAGGUGGCUGGAUGCUUUGUCCGAACACAAGACAGAGGAAUAGUCAUAGGACAAGAGAGGUACUUAUACGUCACUGGCCGGGCCCCAGACAUCAUUAAACAGACUGACGGUCGAGAAAUCCACCCUCAUUACAUAGAGACCGCGGCUUAUAAUAGUGGGCCAAGGCUACUUAGAGCAGGUUGCCUUGCAGCGUUUGAGUUCUUGCGAACGGUAGCUGUCGUAGCGCAGUUGCAAAGGGGAGUGGAAACAAGUCUUCUGAUGAAAAUAUGUGAAGGGAUUAGAAAUGGUGUAUUGAGAGAGGAGAAAAUUGGAGUUGGAGUAGUGGUUAUUGUGGAGAGUGGAAGUGUUCCAAAGACUACUUCUGGGAAAGUGCAGAGAUGGUUGGCUAAGGCUAAGUUGGAGAGAGGAGAAAUGAAUGUAGUGAUGAAAAUGGAGUUUGGUUGCAAUCCAAUGUUGUUUGGAAGAAUAAUGGAAGAGGGCAGCAAAGAAGGGGAGAAAGUGAACUUUCUUACAACUGCGAAUACUAGGAAUCAUCUCUCCUUACUAUCUUCUUUGUAA